CUCUCUCAUCACACCUCAGAACAUACCAAAAGAAAGAGGAGCUGUAAUCACAUGUAGUUGUUUGGUUGAUGGGGUCUCUUUAUCAGCUCACAAUUUAAUCAAAAAGGGAUUCUUUUUCUUUUCUUUAACUCCCCAAAUACAAUUUUUCCUUUUUUGCCGUCACGCUCGCCGGACCGGAGCACCGAAUGUCCGGUCAUCAGGAAAUGUCUGCCCCUGUUGUUGACGGGAAAGAAGCGGAAGCUGGUCACAUCAUAUCCACAACAAUCGCAGGCAAGAAUGGAGAACCAAAGAAGACUGUUAGUUAUAUGGCGGAACGCAUCGUUGGGAAUGGAUCAUUUGGAACUGUUUUUCAGGCAAAAUGCAUAGAAACCGGCGAAACCGUUGCUAUAAAGAAAGUUUUGCAAGACCGAAGAUACAAGAAUCGUGAGUUGCAAUUAAUGCGCAUGAUGGACCAUCCAAACGUGGUUUCGUUAAAGCAUUGUUUCUUUUCAACCACAAGCCGAGAUGAGGUUUUUCUGAACCUAGUGAUGGAGUACGUCCCCGGGACCAUUUUCCGGGUUUCAAAGCAUUAUAGUGAUAUGCGGCAGACUAUGCCUCUUAUUUAUGUGAAACUUUACACAUAUCAAAUAUUUAGGGGGUUGGCUUACAUGCAUUCGGUUGCCGGAGUAUGCCACAGGGACUUGAAACCGCAGAACGUUCUGGUGGACACUGUUACUCAACAAGUCAAGAUUUGUGAUUUCGGAAGUGCGAAGAUUCUAAUGACGGGAGAAGCAAAUAUAUCGUACAUUUGCUCACGUUUCUAUCGUGCUCCGGAACUCAUUUUUGGUGCUACAGAAUAUACGACUUCAAUUGAUAUUUGGUCUGCUGGUUGCAUUCUUGCCGAACUUCUUUUGGGGCAGCCGCUAUUUCCCGGAGAAAAUGCAGUGGAUCAGCUUGUGGAGAUAAUUAAGGUUUUGGGCACGCCAACUCGAGAAGAAAUUCGUUGUAUGAAUCCGAACUACACCGAUUUCAGGUUUCCUCAAAUAAAGGCUCACCCUUGGCAUAAGGUUUUUCAUAAGCGGAUGCCUCCCGAAGCUAUUGAUCUUGCUUCUCGGCUCCUACAAUACUCCCCAAGUCUUCGCUGCAGUGCCCUUGAAGCCAUAGCACAUCCUUUCUUUGAUGAGAUCCGACAACCUAACACACAUUUACCAAAUGGUCAACCAUUACCUCCUCUCUUCAACUUCAAACAAGAGUUGUCCGGAGCAUCUCCCGAGCUCAUCAACCGGUUAAUUCCCGAUCAUGUGAAGAAGCAAAUGAAUCCACAAUUUCCGCAGCCUGCUGGGAUAUAGAGAUAGUAUACAUAUUAGGAAAAAAGCUGAAUCGGGAUUUUGUGAAGAUGGGCGUGUGCGUGAAGCUGCAUUACGCCUUUUUUCAUAAUGGUAAGUAAAGAUUAAGUCGGUUUGUUACCUGCGGAAUGUGUUUAGCAGGCUAACAAGAGCAAAGAAACGAAGCCGGUUUUGUAUAUCUUUUUUUCCCGUUAGGAUGGAAAAACUUUGUUCCCCGAAGAAUCCGAGUUUUACUCACUAGCUAGAAAUACCGGAAAAGUUUUGGCGGUUUCUUGCACUUGUUUUGUAGUCAUGCUCGUAUUUUCAGUUUUCUGAUUCCGUAGAUGUUAUGUUUAACUUGUUAUGUAAAUGCAUUC